AUGCACGAUGACUUCAAUGUUCACGGGAAGGUCCGAGAAGUAACAAGGAAAGGCCACAAAAACAACUGUAAACCUUUGGUCAACGAAGCAGGAGAAAUCAUUAUUGACGCGAAGAAAAAGAAGGAGGCCUGGAAUACAUAUCUAGAGAAUCUAUUCCAUGAUGUUCCAGGGUAUACGUCAGAAGUGACCACUUCCACUCAGGAUCAACUCGAAGAGAAAACUGCCCGAUUAGAGCUGACAGGGGUGGGUGGUAGUUGGGAGCCUUUGCGUAUACGAUGCGAAGCCUCUCUUUUUAGGUUAUAUCGUGCCAAAAGUCUACAAGUUGAAGUUAAACCUGAUACUCCACGACCGGCAUCGGUACUACUUUUAGGACCAUCAAGCUCAACAGGAUCUCCAACUGCCAGUCCGUUGGACCCUUUUUGGAUAUUUCAGGAGCUGUUAGCCCUUUUGGUUUUGGAACAAAUAAUGGCAUGGCUCAAUAUUACAUAG